AUGGCGCGAAGCUAUCGGCGUGGAAAAUCAGAACCGUUCGUUUGGUGGACAAACGACCUUGGUUUUUUGAGGUGGUGGUUCAGCAUUGGCGUUGAGUUUUCCUCCACCGAGGAGAUCGGUUCGAUGUAUGGUUUUGACUCAACAUUGAACCAAACCAAAUCGAGCCCAUGCUUAAUUGGAGUUUUGUUUGUUUUGAGAGGCGAUAGUAUCAAGAAACAAAGGCAUUCGUUGUGGUUGAGUGAGGAUUCAGGUUCCAUCGACACGCCAAACAUGAGUUUGGAUGUGCUCCAUGCAACAUGUGUUCGGAUGUACACAAACUCAAUGUGGGUUUAG